GUUGAAGAUACCGUUGGCUCCUAAGACAGAUACACGAUCCAUCCCACGCCGCUACGAUAUACGAGACAUGAUAUAGCGAAACAGAAUAGCGCAAUACAUAUAUAAUAUAUCCGACAACCAUGGACGACCUAUCCAGCGUCGAUUGGUCGUCGAAGCCCAAGGCUGCUCAAGCGCUCCCGAACCUAUCAUUCCCAUCCCUACAACCAUCGCCGUCGCCGUUUGGCUCUGCAUCAGGUCGCAGCACCCCAGCGUCUGUACAAGGAUCGAAUAGCCAAUUCCCCAAACCUCCUGCGCCAAAACCUGCUCAAGACAGCUUCAGCAACCUCGUCAACUUUGGAUCAGCGAAACCCGCACAGACGCUAACGCUAGCUGAGAGGCAAGCUCAGCUUGAAGCAGAGAAACGUAAAAAGGAAGAGGAGAAAAGAAAACUUACGGAAGCUCAGUUCGGCACUGGACUUCAAUGGGAGAGUCUUGGGACUGGAACAUCGAGCCCCGCGCUGCGACAACCGUCCCCCUCUAAAGAUGUUCUGCAAGACGACAACGACUUGUUUGCCGCAUUCAACAAAGAUACCGUCGUCGAUAAAUCAAGCCAUUUCCCACCGCCUUCAGAAUCCAAAGGGUCGGCACCAAAGAAUACGGCCCAUUUGGACCUUACAAGUCCAAGCGCCUGGGGCAAUGCAAGUCAAGAGUUAGCAAACACAUUUGACGACGACGACGAUCCUUUUGGCCUCAGCGAAUUAAAACAGAACGGAAAGAAGCCUUCGUUCAAGGCUCCCACUACGAAUGCGGACGAUGACGAUUUCCUAGGUGAUUUGGGUAAGCCAGUGGAGGAAGUGCGCAAAAACAGAAUCCAAAGUAAAGAACCAGAGCCUGGCAAGCCAAUUGAAGACGAUUCCUCAUCCUCGGAUGACGACCGAAUGACAAGCAAAGCGCAAACAAAGCGACCUGCAAAUGGAAACGGCGAUCCAUUUGACAAGGCUGUAGCGCAGCUUGUCGCGUAUGGAUUCUCCCCAGAGGAUGCUCGACGUGGUAUUCUCGAGAGUGGAGCUGGAACUGAUGUUCAAGCUGCGGCUAACUGGCUGUUGGAUGAUGCUCAUCGAAAAUCGAAAGCAAAGGCUCAAGGGAAAAGUAAUGAACGUGAGCGAGGAGGCCGCUCCAGCCAGCAGACAGCAGAGCCGGAUUUCGCAAAGUCUGCCGCCGCAGUAGGCAGUAGCCUUUUCAAGACUGCCAAUUCACUUUGGAAAUCUGGCCAAAAGAAGAUGCAACAGGCUGUAUCUGACUUCCAAGGUGACGGAGGUAACCCCAACCAGCCUAAAUGGAUGCGUGACGCUCAACUGGACGGUACGAGACCGGCAGCGAGACCAGACGCAGAUGUAACAAACGAGGCAAUGCUGUUAGAAAGUGACAGAAGACCGAAGCCUGCCAGAAACGAUAGCCAUCAAUCGGCCCCCCAUCAAUCUCGCACCGCGUCACCAGCGGCCUCGUCAACCAGCCAGAGCCGAAACAGCCCGGCUCCCCGCUGGCAACAACAGCCAGCAGCACCAUCACUGGUGUCCGGAGCUAAAUCGAAACUCAGCAGGUUUAAUGAUGAUGACGAUGACUUCUCCACAUAUGUUAGCGCAAAUAGACGGCGCAAACCAGCGACGCCAGAAGUUAAAAAGGAAGAACCCGACCUAUUGUUCAACACCAGUGUUAAGCAACAACCGACAGCUCCAGCACGUCCUUCGCAACCAGAACAACCUACACGGAAGCAACCUACACCAAAGCCUAUUGCAGUUAGAGAAGUACAACCGACACGACAAAUCCCCGCCAUUUCAACUUCAGAUCUACAAGCAUCCAAUAAAAACAGACUUGAAGGCACAGCUCAUUUUAAGAGAGGAGACUUUGCCAUGGCUCACACGCUCUACUCGAACUCCAUUUCCUCUCUACCUCCAACACACCCGCUGAUAAUCAUUCUGCUUACAAACCGAGCAUUGACAGCGCUGAAGACAGGCGAGCCAAAGCAAGCUGUUAGCGAUGCCGACCAAGCGAUCAAGGUCAUUGGCCCUGGCAACGGGCAUGGCGAAAUCAUUAGCGUUGUGGGAGAUAAUAAUCAAACUGAACAACGAGAUAUGAGGGAGUUGUACGGAAAAGCACUUAGCCGCAAAGCGGAAGCCUUGGAGCAAAUGGAGAAGUGGGCAGAUGCCGCUGCUGUUUGGAAGACUUGUGUUGAAGCUGGUCUUGGAGGACCUACAGCGAUCAAGGGCCGACAGCGAUGCGAAGCCGCAUUAGCUCCCAAACCUAAGCCUGCGCCAAAGCCAGCUGCCAAACCUCAGCCGAGACCAAGCGCAGCGGCCAGCUUGGCACCUCAAAAGAGUUCAGAAGCAGUUACACGAAUGCGUGAAGCAAAUAAGGCAGCUGCCAAGGAAGAUGACGAGAAGUUUGCUCUGACAGACAAAGUUGACGCCCGAAUUAGCGCUUGGCGCGACGGGAAGCGUGAUAACCUCCGUGCUCUCAUCUCCAGUAUGGACAAGGUGCUCUGGGAGAACAGCGGGUGGAAAACAGUUGGCCUUCAUGAGCUCGUUAUGGCCAAUAAGGUCAAGAUCUCUUACAUGAAGGCCAUUGCGAAGACGCAUCCAGACAAGCUGCCUCAAGACGCCAACACUGAAGUCAAAUUGAUUGCUGGCUUGGUAUUCAGCACCCUCAACGAAGCAUGGGACAAGUUCAAGGCUGAGAACGGAAUUUAA